UACAGGAGAUGACCAGAGACUGCGGACAUAGUACAGGAGAUGACCAGAGACUGCGGACACAGUACAGGGGAUGACCAGAGACUGCAGACACAGUACAGGGGAUGACCAGAGACUGCAGACACAGUACAGGGGAUGACCAGAGACUGCGGACACAGUACAGGAGAUGAUUAGAGACUGCGGACAUAGUACAGGAAAUGACCAGAGAUGGCAGACAGUACAGGAGAUGACCACAGACUGCAGACAGUACAGGAGAUGUCCAGAGACUGCAGACAGUACAGGGGAUGACCAGAGACUGCAGACAGUAUAGG